AUGCCCGAUCAACCGGAUCUCCUUCCUUUCCGUAUCAAUGUCCGAGAGAUUCAAGGUAAAAUAUUCUGGCCAAUUUCUAAAGUCACGGUCGGGCUUCCUAUUAGUCAAAUCCAAGACCUAGGGGAAAAGAAGCCUAGAGUUCUCCUUGUGAUAAUUGUGUCGACAGCGCCUUUGCGCUGGGAACGAAGGAACGCCAUACGACAGACUUGGUGGAAGUACUGCAGUGUGAAAGAGGUUAGUUCUGUUUUUUUCUCAUGGUUCGGGUCGGAUAAAUUAUGCCGGCAUAACUUUUGGUUUAUUGCUAUAGUCAGGGUUCCGAGCCUAAUGCUGGCAUAAUGACUAAAAUUCUUAAAAAAUUCACUUGAUGUUACAGUUAAACAAGAGAGAAAUUCUGUAGACUGAGUUCUGUAAGCAGUGAGGCUGUUUUUCUUGCUUUCUCUUUUGGAAUUUGAUUUGGAAAAAUCGUUGUGUUCUGAACCUCACCCCUGUUGGUGGUAGGAAUGGGGGUAGGAAGUGGAAGAAAUUGAGGGGCUCUUAAAAGCUAUCAUCUUGAAUUAUCAAUGAGCAUAAUGAAAAAUUUUGAGUAUUGUUUUCGCGUGAAACAGUAUUCAAGGGUGACGCCCAAAGGUACAAUGCUGAAAUUUCCGAGCAUAAUUAAUCUGACCUGAUGGUUACGUUACUUGACGUUUAUUAGCUUCGAAAAAAAUUGUCCAUAAUUUUUCGGGUUACCUUAUGUUUCAGCAAUCUUUGCUUAUUAUAAAGCACUAUAGCCUUCUAAUGAGUUAGUAUCUUAGACUCGCUCUCGAGCGCACUGGUUCAAGAUAUGCGCCUGGUCAGUUGUCAGCCCAAAAAAUUAACAUACCCACAAUGCCUUUCUUUAACUUAUGUGCAGCAUUGAACUCUGCGAAGAAGAUCAAAAUUUUAUUUCAUUUUCGUAGUUUUGUUGCCAAUUUUUCGUUCUUUUCACCAUUUUCUUUAGUUUUCCCUCAUUUCCAUACCUUUGAAUUUUCGUGAUGGAGUUCAAUCUUCAAAAUACAUGCUUCCUUCACCAAGUAUUAGAAAGUUAAUUGCAGAUAAGGCCUGGACCUUCAGCCUCCUUCUAUGUCCAAUCAUUUUCUCCUGGCCAUACAAUACUAAAGAUUAUAACUGCCUGCGCAGGUAGCUUGCCACUUUUUUACAGACGGACAAGUCGUCAACAAGAAGAUCCAGAAAAAUCUCUUAAACGAAACAUCCCGUUACGGAGAUAUUGAGUUCCAACCACUUCUGGGAGGGAUAGAGUUUGGAAUUCGCUUCUUGUAUCACGCCAAAUGGGCCGCGGCUAAUUACGACUUUCAAUAUUUUCUUCGCACGGACGAUGACUACUUUGUGUGUCUUAAGAAGCUUUUGAAUGAGUUACCUUGGCGCCCUAAGCAUAAUCUCUGUUGGGGAAAUUUUCACUGUGAAGUAAACAUGACAUGGAUUGACGAGUCAUGGAUGAUGUUUUCGCGAGACAUCAUUGACAAAUUCUUGAAUCAAGAUGCGCGUACCAUGUUGUGUCAUCCGCACGCUGACCAGCAGAUCGGCAUGUGGCUCAACAAUAUAUCAGGUCGGUUACUUUUCCAUGACGUUCGUCUGAAUCACGUGAGGGACUUUGACUGGCGGGCGAGAAACGUGUGUGUAACUUACAUGGGAGUUCAUCAAGCGUUUGCGUCACGCAUACUACAACUGGCCAAGACGAGCGAGGACGGCGCUAAAACUGUGCCCCCCAUCUCUAAGUUUUCCUCGUAUUGUGAAUACGACACGUUUGACUAUAGGAAGCUAAACGGCCGAUAUUUCUAUGAACCAAAGCCUUGUGUUGAGAACGCAAUAUGGGUGAAAAAUCACCGAUUAUGGCUUGGAGAAGAGGGAAGAGUCAAUUAAUAGUUUAGUAGUCACGGACAGAACACUGUGACCCUAGGAAAACACAGCGUUUGCGCAUGUCUGCGUCUGUGCACGUUGAAAUGACUUAGUGCUGUGAAUUUCAAGGUUUCAGAACCAAGUUGUCUUAUACAAGUUGCAAAAAAAGUACAAACCAGUAAGUUAUAGUGUUUUAACCCUUUAACUCCCAAGACAUCAUUAGUAAUUCUCUUAACUGUCUGGCAUACAAUUCUUACGAUGUCAAUUUGGAGAAUUUGGUAUUGGAUCAACUAAUAAUUCCAUAAUUGAUAUUUUACUUCAUUCUUAUCACUUCUAUGCUUGAUAUUGUAUUGAUAUUUUAAGGAGAAAUUCUCUCUUGGUCACUCAUGGGAAGUAAAGGGUUAAAAGUAUAUGAUCUGUUUUGGUAAAGGUCAAAACAGAAAGGUAAAUUAAGAGUGUACCCGUACUAGAAAAAGGCUUGUGUUUAAAAAUUCUUGAGUUUUCUUUUUCAACUACUUUUGUUUCCUUUUACAAUUUAUAUGAACAUUUUAAUUUCCUACGCUCAUUUUUUUUAAGACAGCGAUUGUUUGUUAUGUUUUUGUUUGACAUUUUGCGUAAGACAUUGGCGCGCGGCCGAUCAGAAUUAAUCAUCCAUGUCCAAUACCACCGUUGAUCCCCUCAUGCAUGCCUGACGUUUGACCCGAUGUCCCCAGUUUAGCGGUUAUCAUAGGUGUCAGGCUUUUAAAGUAUGAAUGCUAAAAAGCCUGAAAUUGACAAUUGGACGGCAACUUAACGUGUUGCUGCCGGACUUUUUUACAGGGAAUGAGCCUGAUGGUCCGAUAAAUACUUCAUAAUUUGCUCUUUAUGUAAGAAGCUGAUCUUGCCAAAAAAGCUUCCUUGACCUCUUCCAACUCCAAGUAAUAGCGGACAACAAUAUUCUAAAUGAGGCAAAAUAUAUGCUUUAUAAAGGCGGCACAUUACGUCUAAAGGAAUAAACCUGUAAAUCUCCCGUAACACAGAGGCUUUGGCACACGCCUUUUUACUUGUGGGGACACAUGAGCGACAAAAUUGAGCUUACGAUCUAAAGUAACACCAAGGAUUUUAAGUGUAUCAUUAGCGUUCACUUCAUUGUUAUCUACACUGAAGUUAUAGCGAUAUGGUACUGGACCUAUAGUCAUUGCCUGUGUCUUAGAUGCAUUGAUCUGUCGAUAGUUUUGCCGAAGCCAUGUUGAUAAUAUAUGUAGAUCAGAGUUACAAUAUAUUCUAAAACUGGAGGGGAAGCGUCCGAUCCAUAUUCAGUAGUGUCAUCUGCAUACAACCGUAGAGAGGUAUUUGUAACCUAAAGGUUCCAGUCAUUGAUGUAAAUGUUAAAAAGCAAAGGGCCCAGCAGGGACCUCUGAGGGACCCCAGCUUUGAUAGGUUUCCAGUCAAAGUAAAUUCCGUCAAAUCAGACUCUCUGAUAAGUUUUCUUUAACAGUUUCUGUAGGCAAAUUUAUAAGUGCGUCAUUAUAGCUUUUGAAUGAGACGGGGCAUCCUAGAAAAAUAGCUUUAAUGAUACCGGAUAGGUUUUUAAUUUUAUAAUACGAUAUUAAUUAUUAGUUAACUUAGCUGGGCAUAAUUAGGUAUCUCUUACUCCUAGAUUAAGCUGAGGGAUUUUACCAUGUAUAAAUAAAGUUAUGUAUCUAUCGAUCAUUAACGUGCAUAUUUGGCAAAAAAGUUCAACUGCAUGGGAUACCAUGGUGACAGACUUCAUGUGAUCCAUUGGAGAUGAA